CUGUUUCGUAUGUCUGGCCAAGAUAUCAGCAGCAAUGCAGUGUGUUGCUCAAAAAAUGGUAUCAUUUGAAAAUCAAGUUAUUUUCUGUAUUAAAACAUGAGAAAAAUUGUUAAUCGAAUCAAGUAAAAAUAUCCUGUCUUGGACGAAGUUCCUAUCAUAUUACUACUGCACUCAUCAACAACGAUGGAAGCCUCUGGGUCGAGAAAUUGCGCCAACUUUGAAGAAAAAAAUUCCAAAGAGUCAAUCGAGAGCCUGUGGGAAGAUAUUGAUGAUGGCGUUUUAUCAGAUAUAGUGCUUGAUAAAAGAUCUUAUGAAGAGCAAGAUAAUGAUUCAGCAGCUCCACCUGAAGUAAUACAAGUCAGCAAGAAGUUAAAAACAACUACUAGACCAUUGGAUCUCUUCUCCCCUGGUCGCGGAUACCUGUGGGUUUCUUCAUUAACGGCACAGAUGUGGUGUGAGCAGAAAUUACAUUACAGCCUCACUCUGCCAGUAGUGGAGGUGGAAAAACCAGCAAUAAGUAAAGGGACAGACUUGCAUCUUGCAAGAGAACUUGCAGAUCAUGAUGUGGUUAAAAUAAAAGUUACUUCCAAUGAAGAUAUCUGGGCAGCAAAACUACUCAAUCUUUACUCUCCAGUAAUCAGUUUUCUGCUUGGAACAAAGAUGAGGAGAGAAAUACCCAUAUUUGGAUUUCCAUUUAGUCACAAUGUUUUUGUAAUAGGAUUGAUAGACGAAAUACAGUUUGACCCAGAAACAUUUACUUUUGACAUCUUGGAAUUAAAGACGCGGUCUUCUUCUAGAACAUUGCCAUCAAAAGCUCAGAGCAAAUCUCACUCUUUACAAGUCAUGCUUUACAAGAAGCUAUUUGACGAUUUGGUAAAAGGUCAAAUUACAAAAUAUUCUGUGGCACAGCAUUUGCGUCUUGAACUGGACAAAAACUUUGGAGAAGACAUUAAUAACAGUAUUACAGAACAUGGGUUAUCUUGUCUUAAUUUAUCAGAACUUAUGGACUGUGUAUUUGAGAAAAUGAAGAGCCUUACCUGCAUAAACCAGUUGCUUCUCGAAUACUGCUUUCAAGAAGACAAUUCCACUAUUGGUAUAACAGAGGUGAAGUACAAUGAAGAGUGGUUAAAGGAGACAUGUGAUCAUUACAUGAAGUAUUGGAAAGGGGAAAGGCCAGUUGAAGGAGUAGAUAUUGAAGAAGCCUUCAAGUGCCAGUCUUGUGAAUUUGCAGAAGUUUGUGAAUGGAGAGAGAAAAAAUCAAAGGAACUAGCAAGAAAGAACUCAGCAAAUUCCCUAAAAUAAUACAAUUUUCAACCACUCCAAGCAUCAGCCAACGACUGGAUAUGAAGUGGA